AUGAUUGGUUUCGUUUCUGCUGCGUUUUUGACCUUGGUUUCGCUGGCCGAUGCUCUUCCUACACCUAAAGGACGGGUUAGUGUGCUCUCGACCGGAUCUAAAGUCAAGACCAAUUCGUAUAUUAUUUCGCUUAAGAGCCAGGAGGUCGCAGAUAAACACAUGAACUGGAUUAACACCCAAGUCGCCGGAUACAACAGUUCUUGGGUUGGUUCCCAGUUUAACCAGUCUGCCUCCCAGGGUUUCGUUGCAUAUAGCGUCGUUCUUAACCCGAACGAUGCGGCUGUGUCGAUGGAGGAUGGUUCAGUUCUCAAGAACAAAGAUGGCUCGCCUAUUUCCAUUCUCGAGGCUGCCAAGGCCCGUUCCGAUAUUGAGUUUAUUGAGGAGGAUCAGAUUAUGCGUACUACGGCUGUGCAGGAAAACGCCCCUUGGGGUCUCCAAAGGAUCUCGAGCGCCCAGAAGUUGCCUGCCGGCAGUCGUGCUAAUGCGUUGGCAUUCACUUACACAUUCAACGAGACUGCUGGGCAGGGUGUCGACGUCUACGUAGUCGAUACUGGCAUCAACACCCAGCAUCAGUCGUUCGGAGGCCGUGCUUCGUUUGGGUUUGCUGCUCAAGGGCUACCUAAGGUUGACGACCAAGGUCACGGUACUCACUGCGCUGGCACUAUCGCAUCCAAGGACUUUGGUGUCGCUAAGGCUGCAAACGUAAUCGCCGUCAAGGUGUUGGGAGCAGAUGGUUCUGGUGCAACAUCCGACAUUGUCGAUGGUAUCCAAUUCGCGAUGCAAUCCGCUGCACAGUCUGGCCGUCCCUCAGUCAUUAGCAUGUCCCUUGGUGGUGGCGUAUCCCGUGCUCUUGAUAAUGCCGUCACCACUGCUGUCAGGUCAGGCAUGCACGUAGUCGUUGCUGCUGGAAACGAAGCCGCCGAUGCUAGCACUUCCUCACCUGCUCGUGCUCCUGCCGUUAUUACCGUUGGCGCCUCAAACAUUAACGACCAAGUCGCCAGUUUCAGCAACUUUGGACAGGGCGUUGAUAUCUUUGCUCCUGGUGAACAGGUCAUCUCCACCUUUAUCGGCUCUACUACCGCCCGUCAGAUCCUCUCUGGCACUUCCAUGGCUUGCCCUCAUGUUGCUGGUAUGGUCGCCAGUAUCCUUUCCUCCGAGGGCAAUCUGAGCCCCGCCGACAUGGCCACCCGCAUUAAGGGUCUUGGAACCGCCAACGCUCUCUCUCGCGUUCCCCAGGGUACUACGAACCUGGUCGGCCAGCUCCCGCAGUGA